AUGUCAUCUGCUUUUCAAGAACAUGUCGCUGCUGUGACUAGAAAUUACUAUGUCAACCCACGUCUUGACUACAGAACUGUAACUGGUGUCAAUGGUCCAUUGGUUAUUUUGGAUAACAUCAAAGGACCAAAGUUCUCUGAAAUUGUAACUUUGACUUUGGGUGACGGUACCCAACGUAAGGGUCAAGUACUCGAAAUCAGUGGUAAGAGAGCUGUCGUACAGGUUUUCGAAGGUACCAUCGGUAUUGAUGCCAAGCACACUCGUUGCGAGUUCUCUGGUGACAUUUUGAAGAUGCCAGUAUCUGAGGAUUCUUUGGGUCGUAUUUUCAACGGUUCUGGUAAGCCAGUCGACAAGGGUCCACCAGUUUUGGCAGAAGACUAUUUGGAUAUUCAAGGUCAACCAAUCAAUCCAUCCGUUCGUGUCUACCCAAGAGAGAUGAUUCAAACCGGUAUCUCUGCUAUCGACACUAUGAAUUCCGUAGCUCGUGGUCAAAAGAUUCCAAUUUUCUCUGCUGCCGGUCUUCCACACAAUGAAAUUGCCGCUCAGAUCUGUCGUCAAGCCGGUCUCGUCAAGCGUUCCGGUAAGGGUGUCAACGACGACCACGAUGACAAUUUCGCUAUCGUUUUCGCAGCUAUGGGUGUCAAUAUGGAGACUGCCUCUUUCUUCAAGCGUGACUUUGAGGAGUCUGGUUCCAUGGAGAGAACUACACUCUUCCUCAAUCUUGCCGAUCAUCCAACCAUCGAGCGUAUCAUUACACCACGUCUCGCCUUGACCACCGCCGAGUACUUGGCUUACCAAUGCGAGAAGCACGUCUUGGUUAUCUUGACUGAUAUGUCUUCGUAUGCCGAUGCGCUUCGUGAGGUAUCUGCUGCUCGUGAAGAGGUGCCAGGUCGUCGUGGUUACCCAGGUUAUAUGUAUACUGAUCUUUCCACCAUCUACGAACGUGCCGGUCGUAUCAAUGGUCGUAACGGUUCCAUCACUCAAAUUCCAAUUUUGACUAUGCCAAACGACGAUAUUACCCAUCCAAUUCCAGAUCUUACUGGUUACAUUACUGAGGGUCAAAUCUACGUCGAUCGUCAAAUCAACAACAGACAAAUCUACCCACCCAUCAACGUAUUGCCAUCGCUCUCUCGUCUGAUGAAGUCGGCUAUUGGUGACGACAUGACACGUAACGAUCACUCUGAAGUUUCCAAUCAAAUGUAUGCCAACUAUGCCAUCGGUAAGGACGUUCAAGCCAUGAAGGCUGUCGUUGGUGAGGAAGCUUUGUCCUCUGAAGACAGACUCUAUUUGGAGUUCUUGGAGAAGUUUGAAAGUAAAUUUAUUGGUCAAAGCCAUUAUGAGAAUCGUGAUAUUUUCCAAUCUCUAGAGUUGGGAUGGAACUUACUUCGUACUUUCCCACCAACUAUGCUCAAACGUAUCACUGAGAAAACUAUCAAGCAAUAUUACUCAAGACAAGGAGAUAAAGGAACAAUUGACAACAACUAA